UAAUUGGCAAUUGCUGCUUCAACAAUACAAAGCCUCUCUCUGUUCUCACCGUAGUUGAGCUCACACUUUUCCCACACAACCGUCGCAGAAAAAGCUUCUUCUAUCGGAAAUGGAUUCGGAUAGCGGUUCCAAGAAUGUGGCGGGGCCUAUGCAAAUGGAUUCCGGUGCUCAAGCAAAAGACAAAGAAAAGGAGGAGCUGGCAGAGAAUAUGAACAAACUGCAUAUUGAAGGAUCGUCGUCUGGGAAUGGAUCGCCUAACUUCAGAAGAAAACCGGUUAUCAUUAUAGUUGUAGGAAUGGCAGGGAGCGGGAAAACAACACUCCUUCAUAGGUUGGUUUGCCAUACGCAUUUGUCAAACAUUAGGGGCUACGUGAUGAAUCUCGACCCCGCUGUCUUGACACUCCCAUAUGCCGCUAACAUUGAUAUAAGAGACACUGUUAAGUACAAAGAAGUCAUGAAGCAAUUCAACCUUGGCCCUAAUGGCGGAAUCUUGACUUCGUUGAACUUGUUUGCUACCAAGUUUGAUGAGGUAAUUUCUGUUAUUGAGAGACGAGCAGAUCAACUUGACUACGUUCUUGUGGAUACCCCUGGUCAGAUUGAGAUAUUCACCUGGUCUGCUUCUGGUGCUAUCAUUACAGAAGCUUUUGCAUCCACAUUUCCCACUGUAGUCACCUAUGUAGUUGAUACACCUCGUUCGGAAAAUCCCACCACUUUCAUGAGCAACAUGCUUUAUGCUUGUAGUAUCCUCUAUAAGACAAGGUUGCCUCUUAUCUUGGCAUUCAACAAGGUUGAUGUAGCACAACAUCAGUUUGCCUUGGAGUGGAUGGAGGACUUUGAAGUAUUCCAAGCAGCAGUUAGUUCAGAUCACUCGUACACGUCAACUUUAACUCAGAGCCUUUCUCUUGUGCUAGAUGAAUUCUACAACAAUUUAAAAUCAGUUGGAGUGUCAGCAGUUUCUGGUGCAGGAAUUGAAGCCUUCUUUAAGGCUGUUGAAUCCAGUGCAGAGGAAUACAUGGAAAACUACAAGGCUGAUCUUGACAAAAGACGUGAAGAGAAGCAACGCUUAGAAGAAAACCGCAGGAGGGAGAACAUGGAUAAACUGAGGAGGGACAUGGAGAAAUCUGGUGGAGAAACUGUAGUCUUGAGCACUGGUUUGAAGGACGAAGAAACAAGUAAAAGUAAAAGCAUGAUGGAUGAGGAAGAUGAAGUUGAAGAGGAUGAGGAAAUGGAUGAUGAUGAUGAUGAUUUGGGGAUAUAUACCGAAGAGGAAGAUGCUAUAGAUCAGGAUGAAGAUGAGGAGGUUGAUAGGUUCGGCUUAUGAUGUGAUUUCUCGCAAGUUGGACUGCAUCAGAGUUGGAUCUUUGUAUAGGACCUUGACUUUCAUUUGGUACAUGUAUACAACCUUGACACCUAAUUAAUCAACCAGUUUAUUUCACAUAUGCUGUCAGCACCAAUCGCUCUAGGUUCUGUUCGUUUAUAUUUUUGCACUAAUUGCCCAGAUUACUUGGUUUUGCUGCAACUUGUUUUUGGACUGAUAAUAACUAUUAAUGACUUGAAUAUUUGCUUUGCCAGAGAUCUCAAGUAAUUUUGUCUCGUGCGAUAAAUGGUUCUGAGAGGCUUUGCCACAUCCAUACGCGUGUAUGAACUUUUUAGAAAUAUAUAAUUGGGAAUAGUUUUUUAGAUAACUCCAUAUAAUGAAAUUGGGCCAGAUUAUUGUAUCUGUACUAGUUAUUCUGUAUUUCAAAUCUUUAUGUGGGUUCUCCAUCUGUCAUGAAUUAUGAUAAUCGUAUAUAUCAUUUAUAAAUGAGUCAUUUGAUUUCACU